AGACAACUUAGCUUUUCUCAAGGGGAAGAAGGGAUAAGGCUGUGUCUGGCAUUUCAUUCAAUCAGUGCUGCUAAUUAAACUACUACUGCGACAGUGUUUAAAGCCAAUUACUUGAUCAUUCCAAAAGGGUUCUCUUACAUUUUGUCCCAGGCGAGCAAUAUUCAUUGACCAACUCCUCUGCAGAAGCCAAUGGCAAAAAAGGUGGCAGUGAUCGGAGCCGGGGUCAGUGGGCUGAUUUCUCUGAAGUGCUGUGUGGAUGAAGGACUCGAGCCCACCUGCUUUGAGAGGACUGAAGAUAUUGGAGGGCUAUGGAGGUUCAAAGAAAAUGUGGAAGAUGGCCGAGCGAGCAUCUAUCAAUCUGUCAUUACCAACACUAGCAAAGAAAUGUCCUGUUUCAGUGACUUUCCAAUGCCUAAAGAUUUCCCAAACUUCUUGCACAAUUCUAAACUUAUGGAAUACUUCAGGAUUUUUGCUGAAAAUUUUGAUCUUUUAAAAUACAUUCAGUUCCAGACAACUGUCCUUAGUGUAAAAAAAUGCCCGGAUUUUCCAUCCUCUGGACAAUGGAAGGUUGUUACCCAGAGCCACGGCAAGGAGCAAAGUGCCAUCUUCGACGCAGUUAUGGUUUGCAGUGGCCACCACAUCUUGCCUCACAUCCCACUGAAGUCAUUUCCAGGUAUCACGAAGUUCAAAGGCCAGUAUUUCCAUAGCCGCCAGUACAAGCACCCAGACGGAUUUGAGGGGAAACGCAUCCUGGUGAUUGGAACAGGAAACUCGGCCUCAGAUAUUGCCGUUGAGCUGAGUAAGAAGGCUGCUCAGGUUUUUAUCAGCACCAGGCAUGGUGCCUGGGUCAUGAGCCGAAUCUCUGAAGAUGGCUAUCCUUGGGACCUGGUGUUCCACACCCGAUUUAAAUCUAUGCUCCGAAACAUCUUGCCACGGACGAUUGUAAAAUGGAUGAUGAAAGAACAGAUGAAUAAGUGGUUCAACCAUGAAAAUUAUGGUCUUGAGCCUCAAAACAAAUACCUUAUGAAAGAACCUGUAUUAAAUGAUGAUCUUCCAAGUCGUCUGCUCUAUGGAGCCAUCAAGGUGAAAUCUAGAGUGAAAGAGCUCACAGAAACAUCCGCCAUCUUUGAGGAUGAAACGGUGGAGGAAGACAUUGAUGUUAUUGUCUUUGCAACAGGAUAUACUUUCUCUUUUCCCUUCCUUGAAGACUCACUUGUUAAAGUAGAAAAUAACAUGGUCUCACUGUAUAAAUAUAUUUUCCCACCUCACCUCAAGAAGUCAACCCUUGCAUGCAUUGGUCUCAUCCAGCCCCUGGGUUCCAUUUUCCCAACUGUUGAACUUCAAGCUCGUUGGGUGACAAGAAUUUUCAAAGGUUUGUGUAGCUUGCCCUCGGAGGACACAAUGAUGGCAGACAUUAUUGAGAGGACUAAGAAAAAAAUUGACCUGUUUGGAGAAAGCCUGAGCCAGAUAUUGCAGACCAAUUACGUGGACUACCUGGACGAGCUCGCCUUAGAGAUAGGUGCGAAGCCAAGCUUUGGUUUUCUCUUGUUAACGGACCCCAAACUGGCUGUGAAGCUUUAUUUUGGACCUUGCAACUCCUAUCAGUAUCGCCUUGUUGGGCCGGGGAAAUGGGAAGGAGCCAAGGACGCCAUCUUCACCCAGAAGCAAAGGAUACUGAAGCCUUUAAAGACUCGAACUCUGAAGGCUUCAUCUCCUUUCCCAGUUUCUUCUCUGUUGGCAAUCCUGGGGCUCUUUGCUGUGGUUGUGGCCUUUUUAUUCCACCUUCAAUGGUUCUAAGCUUUCAGCAUAAUUCUUUUGCCUUGAUUAUCUUGCCAGUCAGUACUUCUUAAAAGAAAGAAAAUGACUAAAAGAAAAAAUAUCAAAUCUACAUUCUAAUGAUACAUGUUUAGAGUUAGGAGAAAUAAGAGGAGUUAUUGUGGAGGAUUACCAGAAUUAGGUCUAUGUUCAAAAUUAAAAUUGAACUAUGAAAUUUCUAUGCCAUUCCACCCUUACCUCAGUUCAACAGAUUUUCCAAAAGUUGUCAUAAAAUAACACUGGCCCCAAGUAGAGUGUACUCUCAUCCCUGACAGAGGGGAGCUGUGCAGGCAAACAGUAGAAUCACACAAAAUGAAAAGCAAUCCCCAGGGUUUAGAUUGCUGGACCAUUUAAAUUGUGGAUAAAUGUUUAAAACUCCUGCACAACCUUCCUGGUGAUCUUUCUCUCCAAACUUCACUUAAUAACAAACUUCUCAGGUGUGAGGUCACGUUCCAUUCACGUGGCAGGGGAAAGGACUAGAGGAAAAAAAUUAGAGGACAGACUUAGAAAACAACAACAUUGCUCAGACAGACUUUUCGGGCCUCAUACGAAAAGUGAAGCCAAUAGUCACAUUUCCUAUAUUUUGGCAAAAGCACUUCUGGAAAAAUUAAAAAAUAAACAUGCUCUAAUAGCUAGCUAAUAAAUAUAUACAUAGAUAAUGCUUAUAGGCCAGAUGCUGUGCAAUGCGCAUAUCACAUAUAUUAUUCACUCAAUUCUCACGAUAACUCUGUGAGAUGAGUUUAGCUAUUAUGCCCAUUUUAUAGGUGAUGAAACUGAGAUUCAGAGCAAUUGGGUUACAUGUCCAACAGCACACAGCUGGUCUUGUGAUGCAACUGGAAUCGGAACCCUGGUUUAUUGGAGCCUAGAACUGAAGAUAAUAACCUUGCCUCAUAAUACACUUUUUUUACAGAAACCUCCAUUAUUGACAAAGUAUAUAUUAACAAUCUUAUUAAUAGUCACAUAUAUGUUACUUUUUGAGGAACUUUAUACAUAAAACAGCAUUUUCUUUGCAAA